UCCUGUGCCAUUUUUGGAGUAGGGGAAAGGCUUCAGCAUGACGUGGAGUGUUUCAUUUCGGAAGGGAUGAUGCCAGCAGUGGAAAACAGCAGCUGUUUCCCAUGUUGCUGCUCUUGGGUGUCCGCAGGGAGUGUUUGGGCUCCCUAAACCAUGCUGGAAGCAUGCUGGGAUGGCUGUGAGCUGGCAAGGAACAGACAGGAAUGUCAGGGCAGGCAGUACCAAGGAUGCACAUCUCUGGGCACUGCCUUUGAUUUGCCAGCACCCAGUCCAUCCCUGGUGAUCCCAGCUGAUUCCCACUUCUCCCCUCCACAGGAUCCUUUCCCCAUUGAUGGGAAUGACGGCUUCUCCUCCCUAUUAUCUCUCGGCCUUGCUUUCUGCAGGUGUCUAUCUCCAGUGGAGAGAGCCCGUAAUAGGAGAGGUGUCCUGCUGGCAACUGGUGGCUGAGCAGUGUGCUACCCAUUAUGGCUGGUUGGUUUAGGCGGCUCCUGCACAAACCCAAGCCCAGCUCAGUGGAAAGCCUCAAGUCCAGCCACUCUGCUUCAUCCUCGCCUUCCUCCUCAUCAUCAUCCUCUGCCAAGAGCUCCGGCUCUUCUUCUGGCACGAGCUUGACCACCAGCUCCAUCUCCCCGUCGCCUGUGUCAGCGGUGGACAUUAGUGCCUCGGGCAGCCCUCGGUGGGACAAGAGCUAUGAUGUCUGCAUCUGCCACAGCGAGGGGGACGUGGAGCUGGUGGAGGAGCUGGUGUCCUACCUGGAGGGUCAACCUGAGAGCUUCCGGUGCUUCCUCCAGCUGCGGGACGCGGUAGCGGGCAACGCAGUGGUGACGGAGCUGUGUGACGCUGUGCAGAACAGCCACUGCUGGGUCAUGCUUAUAACCCCUGGCUUCCUGCAGGACCCCUGGUGCAGGUACCAGAUGCACCAGGCCUUGGCUGAGGCUCCCAUGGCCAAUGGACGCACCAUCCCAGUGCUGAAGGAUGUGGAUCGCAAAGAUUAUCCCAGGGAGCUGUGGAACAUCUACUACAUCUAUAUGGCGCUGAAGGAGAAAAGCUUCAGGCAGAUCAGAGACACUGUCAUGCGCUACCUCCAGGAACUGUGCCGGAGCUCCACAGAAAGGAUGGAGUAGUGCUGGGAGCAGGCAGAUACAUCCCCAUGGGCAUCAUGGAGCUGUUGCCGUUGGAUCUGGGUGUUGGCAUGUCCCACUGGACCUUGGGAUCAAACCUGAGCUGCUCAGACCAGACCUGGGAGCCAAGGAUGGGGAGUUCCUAACAUCCAUGAGGGACAGCAGACCGGAGCCCACCACGUCCCAGUGGCCAAAAUCUCCUCAGCAGGGACAGGGACAUCCAUCACACAAACACUAAGCUCUGAUCUCGGCUGGUUCUCAGGGUCACGACAGCUCUUUGCUGUCCUGAGGGUUCUGGGAUCCCUACUAAGCUGACAAGGCCCCUGCUGCUGUGGGCAGGACAGGAUGAGGCAGGCAAUGACUUUGCACGGAAUCGUUGCGACUACGAAAAUGCAGAAGUUUUAAAUUUU